AAGAAAUUAGCAGAGAGAAUUCUCCUGAGAACCCAGAGAGGAAAAAGAAUGAGCUGCCUGACUUGCAAGCCAAAAGAGGGUGGAAGGGUAGAUUAGAUUUACCGUAUUGCUCUGAGUCGUGGCCGUUGUUCACAAAUUCUUCCUUGUUCUCCCGGUCGCUGAGGUUCGGUGUUCAGCACCAUUGGCGGCAUGUGGGGACAACUGGGGGCUGCCCAUCUGACCAAGUGCUCGAUCCCACUGCUGCAUUGGUAGCUUCGGAGCCAGGGCUGUGCGUGCCCAGGGUCCUGCUGGUAGAGGAGGCAGUGCCAGGUGUCCCAGAGCUCUGCUAUGUGUCCCCCCCUGGGUGUCCCAGGGAGGCAGCAUGCUGGUGGCCGGGGUGGGCACAGGGCAGCGGGGCUGCUGGGGCUCAGUGGAGUGCCAGGACGCAAGCAGUGCUUCUCUUGGUUGUCAGGGAAGGGGCACGGAGGGACAAGGAGCUCCCACGGCUUGGUGCCAAACAGAGAGACUGCUCUGGUGGCUGAGUCCCCCACUGCAUCCCUGCGGUGUUAGCUGUGUGUUGCAGUCCCCUGCAGCGUGCUUGCACAGGGUGGGCUCUGCCUCCAGACCCACACGCUGUUGGAGAGGUUUGUCCUGUUGGCACUUUGGGUGAGGAUGGCCUUGGCUGCACAGCAAAAGAUGGCACUGGGGACACGGGGACGGCGUGGCCCGGCCCCACGCUGGCAGCCUGUUUCCUGCUGGGGGCUGGAGUGUGGACUUGGGAACGUGCAACAUCUGUGUUUGACCUGAGUCACAUUUACGGUUUCUGGCUUGAGUAUUUCUAAUAAUAGGCUGACGUUGUUGCACCUCAAGAGAAUGGUACACUUUUGUAAAGCCCUUUCCGCUGCAUGUGCGUGCGAGGCAUCUUUCGUGCCUCUGAUUUUCCAGCCUGCACGAGUGCCUCCGGGUCGGGGUCUGGGUGCUGAGGCUGUGCCUUCUGCAGGAGUUGUGCCUGAGCCAAACCCUUUGGAAAGCCGCCUGGGGCUCCCACCUGCCAGGUGAAGGCUGUGGGCAGCCAGGACCUUGGCAUUUGCAUUUGUCUCUUAAGCUCUGACAGUAAUCUUGGGUAAGCCUCGUGAAGGAGGCCAGAUAUUAGGAUGGCUGGCUCCCUGUGACUGUGUGCAAUGGAGACUAUAUAUAGUGUGUGGCGGGGAGACCUGUGCUGUCCUCUCCUGUGCGUGCACAAUGGGAUUUGUGGGGAGGCAGCACCGCUCUUGGCUGGUGUAGCAGCCGGGUGUGCUGGCAGCGCUGUGCCCCGGUGCCCCCCAUGCUCCCAGUUCCCCAGUGCCCCCUGCCCUGCUUGAGCUCGGCCAUGGGUGCCUGAGCCAUAAAUUCCAGGAAGAUCCUGGGAGGUGGGGAGCGCCAGUGCCCUGGGCCUGCAGAUGUGUGUGUGGGGACAGGAGGAAAAGCCCCAACCUGUCCUGAAAGACGUUCGUUUAUUCACCAUAAAGUCUGUCAGCCAGAGGCAGCCAGACAGGGCAGCUUUUACGAGGCACAGCCGUACGUUGGAGAGGCUCUUGCCAAUUGCUCCUCACACGGAAAAGGAGCGGGCGGUGUAUGUAAUCUCAGGACGAGGGGAAGGAAAGAAAAGAAGCUGAGCAUUUACAAGCCUGAGAAAUGCUUCAAUCAAAGGAAAGCACAUCUGAAGGCCCUUCUGGAGGGCAUUUUUUUGUGUCCCCCGCCGCCCCGCAGUUCUGGAUGCGGCCUCUAUCCGUUAUUUUGGGGGAGCGGUCAGGGAGAGGAAGGCAGAUAAAGGGACCGCCGACGGGACCGUGUUAAUUUGGGGCAGCAUCUGCUUCCUGCAGAGCGGGAGCUGGGGGGGGGUGAGGGGAGCACCGGGCCCCUCCUCUCAUUCAGGAUCCCGGCCUCGCCGGUGGUGGUUUUGAAAUCCUGCGGCUGACCUUUCCGGCUCUGGAAGCGAUCCAAGGGCUGUGUCUCAAAGUGCUCUAAAGGAUGAGACAUCGGUGAGCAGCGAGGACUUUGAUAUGAAUGACUCCACAUGGAUCUCAGCUGACCAGCACCUGAACUCCAGCCUGAGCCCCAGCCAGGACGAGAGCAUGCGCAGCCCGCAGAACCUUCACGGCCAGGAGGAUGAUGACUCCUCGUCAGAGAGCUGCAGCGGGAAUGGCUCCUCCACCCUGAACCCCUCCACCUCCAGUAGCACGCAGGGCGACAGCGCCUUCCCCGAAAUGAAUGGGAAUGGCACCGCAGCCCCCAUGGACUUCACUGCCUCCACCGACGACCAGCCCAUCAACCUCUGCGACAAGCUCACACCUGCCCACGUCACCCCUUCCUACCAGUCGGACAGCUGCAGCACCGACGGGCUGCGCAGCAGGGUGAAGUACGCGGUGAAGACCACAGCAGAGUCCCCGCCAUACAGCUCCGGCAGCUACGACUCCAUCAAGACCGAGGUCAGUGGCUGCCCCGAGGACCUGACAGUUGGCAGAGCCCCCACGGCUGACGAGGAUGACGAUGAUCACGAUGACCACGAGGACAACGAUAAGAUAAAUGACUCGGAAGGGAUGGACCCGGAGCGGCUAAAGGCCUUCAAUAUGUUUGUGCGCCUUUUCGUGGACGAGAACCUGGAUCGGAUGGUUCCCAUCUCCAAGCAGCCCAAAGAGAAGAUCCAGGCCAUCAUCGAGUCCUGCAGCCGGCAGUUCCCCGAGUUCCAGGAGCGAGCUCGCAAACGCAUCCGCACGUACCUCAAGUCCUGCCGCCGCAUGAAGAAGAACGGCAUGGAGAUGACCAGGCCCACGCCGCCGCACCUCACCUCGGCCAUGGCUGAGAACAUCCUGGCUGCUGCCUGCGAGAGCGAGACGCGGAAAGCAGCCAAGAGGAUGCGGCUGGAGAUCUACCAGACCUCGCAGGACGAACCGAUCGCCCUGGACAAGCAGCACUCCAGAGACUCCACAGCCAUCACCCACUCCUCCUAUUCACUGCCAGCUUCGUCCUACUCUCAAGACCCCGUCUACAUCAAUGGAAGCCUCAACUACAGCUACCGUGGCUAUGGGUCCCUGGGAGGCAGCCUGCAGCCACCUGCGCCGCUCCAGACCGGGAACCACAGUAAUGGUCCGACUGACCUCAGCAUGAAGGGUGGGGCCUCCAGCACGGCCCAGUCCAACAGCACCAGCAGGGGGAUGCAGGCUGCCCAGCUCAGCCCCACAGAGAUCAGCGCCGUGCGGCAGCUCAUCGCCGGCUACCGGGAGUCCGCAGCGUUUCUGCUCCGCUCUGCAGAUGAACUGGAAAACCUCAUUUUACAGCAGAACUGACUCCUCGUGGCUGCGGCGCUCCUCUGUCAGGAAGACAAUUUACACCUGCUAGCAAUUGGCUCCCAGCGGUGUCCCGCUCAGGACCGCCACCGUCCUCCCGUGAAGCGGCAGCUCCGCGUAGUUGUAGAAGGUGGAACCCAACAGAGCUGUUUUCUUUUACACUCCGAGCACCUGGGACUUCAGGCACGAGGCCACGUUCCUGACCCGUACCAGAAGCCAAACGUGCGGCUUGGAAGGAUGCGGGACCUCGAGGGCAGAAGGGAGCCUGGGGAGGUUUGGGGCUGCAGAUGUAUUUAGGAUGACCUUGAUGGACCCAAAUGUUAGAAUCCCGUCCCCAGAUAAUUUCCAAGUCUUAGGUGAGCCGAAUCACAUAUUUAUUGAGAAAUGGACCCUCUUCUCCCCUUAGUAAUUUAUUUUUCUGAAAAUGGAUUCUUUUGAGUUUGUACAGAUUGCCA